AUGGAAUUGAACAUAAACAAUAGAAAUACGAAGAUCUGGCUUGCAAAGGUCCCUUUGUUUUUGGCGGAGAGGAUAUUGAGCCAGAACGGAGAGACGGUGGUUGGGGAGCUUGAGAUAACAAAAGCAACACCCACGGAGCCUGCGGUGCUGAACCUGAAGCUGUCGAAGGAGUUUUGCGAAGGUGGGUUUCCGUCCUCCUUUGAGGUGAAAAUAAAGGCCAGAGACAACAACAUGUAUGUUGUCAGGGCACAUGAAAACAGUGCGGAUGUUGAGGGGAUGAUCAACAAUGAAUGCUACAUAACGCCUGAGAUCAAUGAGGAGUAUCUGAAGUACAAAAAGGAUGCAGGGUUUAAGAGCGACACGAAGAAAGGGGAUGUGCAGGUUAUUGACUACCUCAAGGAAGGCAAGAGGGGAGAGAAGUUUGGAAGCCUGAGGGAGCUUGAAUAUCUUGCGAGGAAGAGGAAGAAGAUGCUUAUGGACAAGAAGAGAGAGAGACUUGGGAAGAAUGAGGUGAUAGAUAUGGUGUUCAAAGCAUUUGAGAAGUAUCCGUCGUGGACAGUGAAGGACCUAGCUGAUUUCUGCGGGCAGCCUGUUGCAUUUAUCCAGGAGAUUGUCUCUGACAUUUGUGUGCUGAACAAGAAGGAUCUUAAGAACACGUAUGAGCUGAGGCCUGAGUACAAGCAGUGA